AUGGCUCUUAACAUGGAACUGCAGGCGUACACCACACCUCUGUCCUCUGUGCUCCUCCUAAUGGACUCUUCUCAGCUUUCUUACUCACGAUUAACUUUCAUCAACCCAAUCAUCAAUGCUUACAUUCACGCAGAGUGUUCAAUGGACUUGGGGGGCGAGGAUGAUUUGGCCUUGUCAGGGAUGGAGGCACAGCAUGGCACCAACCUGCAACACAGAGUAAGCCUCAUGUCCAGUGAAGGCGCCCAGUCUGCCAGCCCCAGCGGCAGUGCUCGUGCCCCCAGCCUUAGCCCACCGGACCCCUGGGCCAAGAGCAUAUACAGCCACAACAUGUCCCUAACAGAACACAUGAAGAUGUGCCCCGAGCGGGAAUCCGGGCACAACAUCUGCCCUCUGUGUGGGUACACCGCCACCCACUGGGCACAGAUGGACCGUCACAUGUCACUGCAUCACCAGAUUCAUGAGAAGAAUCAGGUGUCUAAUAGCUCCAUGGAGAACAGAAAAUUCAAGUGUUUGCAGUGCGGAAAAGCAUUUAAGUACAAGCAUCACCUCAAAGAACACCUUCGCAUCCACAGUGGUGAGAAACCGUAUGAAUGCUCCCACUGUAAGAAGCGCUUCUCGCACUCAGGGUCCUACAGUUCCCAUCUCAGCAGUAAGAAAUGCCUGAGUGGGGGUGCAGUAGCAGGUGGAGGAAGUGGCAAUAGUGAAUCAUAUAAUGGCCACAUAAACCAGGCCAGUUCCCUCAAUCCCCUGCAGUCGCAGGCUGCAGCCAAGGAUAGCAGCACUGGGAAGGACUCUCUUUACGCAUCUGACAGUCAGCAGCUGCUUGCUCUGGCUCAGGAUCAUCAGCUGACCCCUCUCCAAGGCUCUGGCCUGGGCAGGCUGUGGAACCCCGCUGCUGACUUUGCACUUAGCCCAGGCAUUUUGAGGGGCACCACCCUGUUACCCUACCUGCACUCUGGUGGGAAGUUUGAACAUCUUCUGCAGGAGAUGCUACAAGGAGCUGUGGGGAAGGAUGAGAGAAAAAUACAAGAAGAGAUAGGAGGACAAGAAGAAAGAGAGAAGAGAGAGGGCAGGAGUUCCUAUGGCUGGAUACGACAGGGUGAGACGCCAUCCAUGCCAGGGAUGGGUGGUAAAGUGAUGUGUCGCUGGUGUAGCCAGCUCUUUCCCAGUGCUGCCCUUCUCCAGCAGCAUGAGCUAUACCAUUGUAAAAUGGGCCGAGACAUCAUGCCUGAGUUCCCCCAUGGUAAAGGAACCUCUCCUCACUCGCAGGACCCUCAGAAAGUCCUCUCAGCCAUUGCCAAUGGCCUCCCCAAAGACAGGUUGUCUCCACACAGGGCAGCUGCAUGGCACUCCAUUCCCCAACAGCUCUUGGUCACAGAACAGUCCACUAUGCAGCUCUGCUCAGAGCCAUUAGUCUCUCGCUCCUGUUGGCUAAAUCCAGACAUAGGCAACCCUGAUAAUGCCAGUUCCCUCAGUCCAAACCUAGAGAUAUCUUCACCAUCACAUAGGGACAGGAGACAGGUGCCUUCCUCUUUGUAUGGUUCACCCGUGUGCCUGGACCUGUCUGCUAACUCCUCCCCCCAAAACAGAGCAAACCCACCCCUAGAAUCCCCUGGCUCUACCAGUCCAAAAAAUGAGCCCCUUGACCUCUCCCUGCCCAAAGCCCAGACAGACAGUGCUAGAAAGAGGACCUGUAAUGGAAAUGUUCCCCAUACAGAACAAAGAGUUCUGGACAGUCCAUUUCAGAAAUCAAGAAUGACUCUACAGGAGCGACAGGCUGGAGCGGGUUACAUGGGAACCCCUGUGUUCGGCAGCUCCAUUUACAGUACUUACCCCUUCAUCAAUACCCUCAUCCCCCCUGGGCUUGGAGGAAUGGGACAGGAGGCAGCGGCAUCACGUCCUGCCAGCAUGCACCCUACCCCUGGCUUCCUAUCGCCUGUGGCUUACAUGCUGGAGUCGGACACCGAUUUUGUCUUCAAAAGGAUUCAACGGGAAAGACAUGCUAUGAUGGGCAAAGCGAUAAAAAGAGGGUGUCUGGAUUUGAUCCCGGUCAUGGAUGAGGGAGUGGAUGGAGAGCUCGGCCCUGGGAGAAGGAGACUGAGGAAGACAGACGAAGGCCUUUAUGCCUGUGAUAUCUGUGACAAGACUUUUCAGAAAAGCAGCUCUCUCCUGCGACACAAAUAUGAACACACAGGAAAACGUCCCCAUGAGUGUAAAACAUGCAAAAAGGCAUUCAAGCACAAACACCACCUGAUAGAGCAUAGUCGUCUGCACUCAGGGGAGAAGCCCUAUCAGUGUGACAAAUGUGGCAAGCGUUUCUCUCACUCUGGCUCCUACUCCCAGCACAUGAACCACCGUUACGCCUUCUGCAGUCGGGACCAGGACCACGAGCCACGAGAGGAGCUGUCUCUGGGGACCGGACCCUACUACAGAAAUCCUGGGAUGGAGCUUGACUGUGGAUCCCGAGGAGUGUUGCUGACUCAGGAGGACACUCCCACCAUUCUCAGUGACUCCAGCCUGGAUGGGCCACCAGACAAACUCAGGGAAGAGCAGGAGGAAGAGGAAGAUGAUGAAGAGAGGUUGUUGAGUAGCCACACAAAAGGAAUGCAAGACAGCAAGACAGAGACUGGAGAAGGGGGGGGUAUAGGCCAGAUUCUCAGCCCCAGACUGAAACCUUCCACCGAAGAUGAAGGGUGCAGGGGAAUAGGAGAAGAAGAGGAGAAGGAAGGCAAGGAAACUGGGAGAGAGGAGAGUACAAACAGAGAAAUGGGGUAA